ACUUCAUAGUCUAUGUGUCAAUUUCGCAUAGUUUCUAAAAAGGAUUAAUUUAAAACUGCUUCUUAAAAAUUUUGGUUUUCUAUUUGUAAAUGCUAUAAAUUGUUACCUGCAAAAUCUAUAGUUAAAUAAUAAUCAUUCAGAGUGAAAUUAAGUAAUAAUUAUAUUAUACGGAUUCCGAUAUAUGUAGAUGUACUUGCCAUAGCAUAAAGGCUCAGUCAGAAUUCAGAUACGUCUUGUUUCUUGCAGUGGUCAGUGCAGUGUUUUGCUAGCGAGCAAUAACUUGUUGGCGUGUGGAAGUUUGUGAUUCAGAGCUAGUGUAGACACGCUCCUUUUUCAUGAAAUGAUUAUUUUAUUUGCUAAAACGAAUAAUAGAUUACAAUAAUAAACACAUUUUCAUCUUCAUAUUGCGAAGUUUUAGUCUCCUGACGUAGUGACAUAUCGUUUCACAAUUAGUACAGAUUCCACGGUGGAAUUUUGUGUACGUUGUGGAAAAACAUCCGUGAGGUGUAAUAAAGUGCACAGUGAAUUUGUGUAACAAAAUAGUGUUAUUUGUGCAGUGUAUGUGAAAUAUGCUUGGUUAUAGUCUACUAAUUGGAAGACAUUUGCAAGAAAGGGAAACGAUGCCGCUUCAAGUCAAUAUAGCAACAUAAUGGCGUAUUCACAAUCGCGGCAGUCUCGUAUCGCUGCCAACGAUGUUGCGACCGGAGUCCCCUCUCGCUGACCAUCGCAGCCUUCUGCCGCGUCGGCUGCUUCCGGUCAAGGCACAGAUAGCACCCGCCGACAAAAAGAAAAACCGCAGGUCUCUCGAACUUAACCCCCCGUCCGAUCACCCCACUUAUGACUAUCCGAAACUCCUCAUCUCAAAAACCACCGAUUCCCUCAACACAGAAUGCCCUCGCAAACACUUAAAUAAACAAGAUUCGACUGAUAGCUUAAAGAGGGCGCUUCUCGCCAAAGAGGACAAAAAGCUCAAGGACGACAAGAAAGUCGCGAAGCAGGAUUCGAGUGAAAGCCUCAAGAAGGCGCUGCUUUGCAAGCAGGACUCCAAUGAUAGUCAGAAGCGAGUGGAAGUCGAUGUUAAAUGGACGCAAAAGGAGGAAAAGCGGGAGGUGAAGCGGGGUAGCGAUAAGAAGGGGUUGCUAGAGACUGAUAUAGAUGAUACUUACAAACGGAUUUAUGAAAGGAGAACGGGAUGUGCCCGGCCCACGUUACCGCCCGUGGCAGAGAAAGGGGUAUCUCCAAAAUCCCCUAAUGGGAGUCCAAUCACUCCUGGGGUGGCGGCGGUGGCUGAAGGUGUAGUUCGGUGGGGGAGUGGGCUCCUAUCACCAAAGGAAGAACCAAGACUUCGGCCGGCCAGGAGCUGGUACGGCUAUGGGACUCUACCGUCAGAUAGUGAUAAGAUGGGAGCAGGUGCGAAUGGACCAGGCGGUCGUCGCGCAUUGGAGCUCAUCUUGAGCGGUGGUCUGAAGUCUUUGGCUAGACAAAACAAACCAGUUCGAAGAGCAGCUUCAAGGGAUUCGGUGUUGUCCCAGCCUCAGCCCUUGCUCGAAGGUCUAAGAAAGUGCUCGACAGUGCUGGCUCUGACAGACCGUGAAAAGGUCCCAGAGCCGAUAAGAGCUCAUAACAGACUGAGAGCUCCUUCCGUCUGCUCCCGAUGCUCAUCUCUUCUUUCAUUGGCUGGUGCUGGUGGAUCUAGGUAUUCACUGGAUGGCGCAGGCGGUGGUUUCGUCGCAGCAGCGCCGAUAAAUUGCAUGCUAUGUUUAGAAGACGCUACACCAGAUAAAGUUACUGUGAUAGCGGGUUGUGGCUGCUCUUUCUGCACGAAGUGUAUGAAGUCAUACGUGGAAUUUGAGGUAUGUAACGGCGCGUACGAGGUGUCAUGUCCCGACGCAAGGUGCAGCACCAGUGCAGCGCUAUCUAUCGACGAGAUAUCGAAACUUGUCAAUAGCAAUCUCCUGGAGAAACAUAUUAAGUUCCGGAUUAAUCAUGAAGUGGCAAUGGACGCGAUGCGUGCGUUCUGCCCGCGACCAGGCUGCGACACCAUAGUCCAAGUGCGCGCAGCCAGUCCAGCCCAUUGUCCCAACUGCAAACAUGACUUCUGCUCGCAGUGCAACCAGGAGUGGCAUGGCGGAAUUACAUGUGAAGCGGCGGCUGCAUCUUCAUCAAUGGGAGGCGCCGGUGCACCCUUACUUGCUGACUCUGAAUUGAUAAAACUCUGCCCAAUGUGCCGAGUCCCCAUCGAAAAGGACGAAGGCUGUGCCCAAAUGAUGUGCAAGAGAUGCAAACAUGUAUUUUGCUGGUAUUGUCUGGCCUCGUUAGAUGACGACUUCCUCCUGCGCCACUAUGACAAAGGGCCGUGUAAAAACAAACUGGGCCACUCCCGCGCAUCCGUUUUAUGGCAUCGCGCUCAGGUAGUGGGUAUAUUUGCUGGUUUCGGUUUGCUGUUGCUGGUUGCUAGUCCAUUGCUGCUGCUGGCUGCGCCGUGCAUUGUUUGCUGCAAAUGCAGAUUAUGCAAUCCAAACACAAAGAACUUAGAAGAGGUGGACGAAAUCGAAAGCAUCAGCCCCGGCCGAGAAGACGAGGACAGGACGCGGUAUCUCGCCGAAUGACGGUUUUAAACGAAUUAAUUAAAAAAUUUAAAACUACCCUCACUUUAAAAGACCAGUACAAGCAACUGCGGUUAAAUGUAUUUCUUGCGUGACUGCGGUUUUUUCCCACUAUUGUAAAACACAGAAAUAUUUAUUGUAUAUAUAGUACAUUUAUCAAUUACAUUAUAUACUAAAACCAUAAUCGUCUGCAUUUACGUAACAAAAAAUUUGCAUUAUUCUUUUUAUCUCGUGCUGUUUUUAUUAUUGUCACGUGGUAUUGCGGUUAACCGCUAGCGGGAAUAAAUCGGAGUGUCGCUUAAUUUGAAUAUGGCUACAAUAUUUUAGAAAGUGCUGUUUUAGUCAGUCGAUAUUGUGUCAGAAAAUGCGAUGGUAUAAAUUAUUUAUUAAGUAAGAUCUCGGUAAAAGAUGUACUUUACUAGUAGACAUACAAUUGUACAUAUGUAGAUUAUGUAAGAACCGAAAUCUAAUUUAGAUGAAUCAUCGAAAAGGCAUUUUAAAAAAUAAUUUAAGACGCAAGGUAACUUAAAAAAAAUCCUGAGAAAAUUAGUUAUGGUAGCAAAAUUAAGCCUAAUUUUGAAAGAAACAAAACUGCAUU